UUGAAUCAAGCCUAGAAGCUCGACAUAGUGUAGAAACCUGAGUAUCGAGCGGCCCAUCACUAGCUGCAGUUCCUCUUAGUUUGCUCUUCUGAGAACCUCGUGCUCAGACAAAGGUGCGGAAGGGCUUUCCCAUUUCACUUGUCCAUACACUGAGGUGUCUAAUGGCCUCCAGCUCAGGGCUGUCCAUGUGAGAAUUGAAUCUGAGAAGAGAAGGGCAGACACUUAAAGAGAGAGAAGAGUUUCCCACAGAACAUGGUCUCUGCCAAAGAAGAUGGAGUGGAUGAAAGAAUGGUGGACAUUAAAGAAGAGGACUGUGAGCGGCUUACACCAGAGGAUGUGUGUGUGAAGCUGGAGGAUCAUGAAGAAAGCAUUUCAGUUUUUAAAGAGGAGGAGGAGGAGGAGGAGUGCAAGGGGGUGACUGCUGUCAUUAAAGCUGAGGAUUUGAAUGAUUUCUCCAUUGGUCUUGAACUUCAAAAGCAUGAAACUGAGGAUACUUUCAAGCAAGAGGCCUGUGAAGAAUCUCCAUCGACUUUACAGCCCUGGUCCACUAAUACAGGACGACUGGCUACACAGGAGAAUUCUGUAGAACUGAAAUCAGAGUUAUCAGAGUCUGAAGAGAAAAUCGCAGAUAAAAAUGGGAAAGAAGGAGAAAAGUCACCUAGGAGUGUUGGAAUAAAUUUACAGAAGAAUGGCUGCUUCUCUACACCUUCAUUUGGUCAGCCCUCUCUUCAAUACAAAGAGAAAGGUAUGAAGAAAUCAGCAAGAGGCUCAGAGAACCUGACAGCAGCGUUUCUGCAGAGCAGUUCUCUCCAUGCUACUGUGGCAACACAGACAGAAGCCAUCAUAACUGAACAACAGCAAGUGGAGAAAGAAAUCCAAAUUUACACUGGAAAAAAAUGUUUUUUUGAAUGUGACAAUCAAUUCACACAUAAAAGUGAUCUUAAGAAGUAUAUCAAAAUUCACACAGGAGAAAAACUUCAUUGCUGUUCAGAAUGUGGUAAGUCAUUCUCAGCGAGAAGCAGUCUUCAGAGGCACAGAGUAAUCCACACGGGAGAAAAACCUCAUUGCUGUUCAGAAUGUGGUAAGUCGUUCUCAUGUAUAAGCUAUCUUCAAAGUCACAGAAGAAUCCACACAGGAGAAAAACCUCAUUGCUGUCCAGAAUGUGGCAAGUCUUUCGUAAGGAGAAGCAGUCUUCAGACGCACAGAGUAAUCCACACUGGAGAAAAACCUCAUUGUUGUGUAGAAUGUGGCAAGUCGUUCUCAUGUUUACGCUAUCUUCAGUGUCACAGAAGAAUCCACACAGGAGAAAAACCUUAUUGCUGUUCAGAAUGUGGUAAGUCAUUCUCAGAUAGAAGCAGUCUUCAGAGGCACAGAAGGAUCCACACAGGGGAAAAACCUCAUUACUGUUCAGAAUGUGGUAAAUCGUUCUCAUGGAGAAGUGAAUUUCAGUUGCACAAAAAAAUUCACACAGGAGAAAAACCUUACGGCUUGUCAAAAUGUGGUAUGUUUUUCUCAAGCAGAAGCAAUCUUCAGAAACACAGAAGAAGCCACAAUGGAGAAAAACCUCAUUGUUGUGUAGAAUGUGGCAAGUCGUUCUCAUGUAUAAGCUAUCUUCAGAGUCACAGAAGAAUCCACAGAAGAGAAAAACAUUAUUGCUAUCCAAAGUGUGGCAAACGAUUCUCAAGUCAAACACACUUAGGUGCCACAGAAGGAUGCACACUGGAGAGAAGCAAUGCAACUGUUCUGAAUGUGGUAAAGGGUUCUCCUCCAGAAAAAGUUUUUGAAGACACACGCAAAGUCAUAUUGGAGUAACGCCUGUCCCAGAAUAGACAAAUAAUCAUUCGAUUUGCUCAUCAACCAAAAAUAUUGAAGACAAAUCUUAUGAAUGAGGUAAAUGACUCCAGUUGAAAGUAGUUAAUAAGUACAUACGAAUAGUGGAGAAAACACUGAAAGUGGCAAACAGAUUGUAAGAGCCAUUUUCCUAGUUCUAUAAAAUGUAUGAAUAUUUAUUAGAUGAUAAUGCAUAAAAUAUGGG